AUGGCUCCGGCCGCUGACCGGGAGGGUUACUGGGGUCCGCCGACCUCCACCCUGGAGUGGUGCGAGGAGAACUACGCCGUCUCCUACUAUAUCGCCGAGUUCUGGAACACAGUGAGUAACCUGAUUUUCAUUCUACCUCCAAUCUAUGGUGCGAUUCAGACCUAUAAAGAUGGCCUUGAAAAACGAUAUUUAGCUGCAUAUUUGUGUCUUACAGCUGUGGGAUUGGGAUCUUGGUGCUUUCACAUGACCCUGAAGUAUGAAAUGCAGCUGUUGGAUGAACUGCCAAUGAUAUACAGUUGUUGUGUGUUUGUCUACUGCCUGUAUGAAUGUUUCAAGUACAAGAAUACAGUCAAUUAUGCGCUGCUUUUCUUGUUAAUAACAUACAGCGUCGUAGUCAGCAUAGUUUACCUAGAUUUGAAAGAGCCUGUAUUCCAUCAGAUCAUGUAUGGAACACUAGUUUCCAUCAUAGUUCUAAGAUCUGUUUAUAUAGUGUUAUGGGUAUACCCAUGGCUUAGAGGUUUAGGAUAUACAUCUUUGACUGUAUUUUUAAUGGGAUUUUUUCUCUGGAAUGUGGACAACAUUUUCUGUGAUAAAUUGAGAGCGUUACGAGAGAAGAUGCCUCCUGUGGUGGGAGCUGUGACACAAUUUCAUGCAUGGUGGCAUAUUCUCACAGGCCUGGGUUCUUACCUUCAUAUCCUUCUAAGUUUAUAUACAAGGACACUUUUCCUGAAACACAGGCCAAAGGUGAAGUUUCUUUUUGGAAUAUGGCCUGUUCUUCUUGUGGAGCCACCCAAGAACCUUUGACUGAGCCCUGGGCAGCCGCACGCGAUCACCUGGCCUGGCUGAAUAAAGCAUUUCAACAGUU